AUGGGGUUCAGUUUCGAGCGGCCUCUGCUCUUUCCCCAGCCGAUCGUGCACCACCACCACUACUACGGAGACCUGGCCGGGUCCAGCCUGGAACGGGUGGGGGAGGCACGUUCAAAUGCCAGUUACCAGACUGGGGCCAGCUCCAAUUACCAACAAGAUAGUAGUGCUGUUUUCCAGCCAAAGUCCCAUUCCACCGCAGUUUACCAGCCACACCACCCCCACGACCAGCCAGAGACUAGCGCUGCCUACCAACCAGCCCAUUCCACCAUUUACCAGCCAGCUCACUCGUUUCACCAAGGGACCCUUUCCACAGUGUCGCUUCCCCAGCCGUGGUCCCCAGCUUCUCGCCCGUUUUCCCACCUUCCCUACAUCUUAUCGUCCUAUCUCCAGGUCUUGAUCAAUGCAGCAGUGUCUCUCUACGCUGCCUACCUCUUCUAUGCCGUGGUUCUGUCCAUUCGACAAGACGUGCUGUUCAAAGUGUCCCAGCAGACCCGCCAGCUCAUGGUGGAAAUUGACAGCUGCCGACGUGCCUACUACGAGAACAACUGCAUGCCUGAGACCAUCGUGCCAGCGUUGGAGCGCCAGUGUGCCUACUGGCACAAGUGCAUGAGCCAGGACCCCGCCAAACGUGGCAACACCUCGUCCAUCAGCGCUCAGACCAUUGGCAUUCUCAUCAACUCAUUGGUGGAGCCAUUGGGGAUCAAGUUCUUCUGUGUGGUGGCGGGAUUCAUGGUGGUAAUAUUUGGGUGCAAUUUCACGUUUGGCUACAUCAGGGCCAAAAUGUACUACGGCUGGAAAUACUCGGAGGUAAACGGCCAGGAUGCAGGGGCUGGGCAGCACUAG